AUGAUGUCUGGACAAAGCACGCGACCUUUGAGAGCACUCAAUCUCAACGAUAUAGUUGAUGAAUUAGAGCAAUGUGAGGAUGAUGAUUUGUUGCCAACUCAAAUUACAAUUUUUCCAACUGAGAACGCUAAUGCCGACGUCACAGAUGAGAAUUCUGGAGAUGAAGAAUUUGUUGCAUUGCAAAAUCUACCAGGACAGAGGAAUAAAGUGGGCAAAGUAACUGUUUCUGAAAUGAAGUGUUUCUUGGGCAUCCUGAUGUACAGCGGGUAUGUAGUAGUAUCCCGUAGGUUUAUGUAUUGGGAGACAUCGACAGAUGCCGACUUUAGGAUUGUGCACAACGCUAUGUCAAGAGAUCGUUUUACUUUUAUUAUGUCAAAUAUCCACUGCUGUGAUAAUACAGUUCUUGGUGAUUCUCCUGACAAAUUCGCUAAGUUGAGACCUCUGUUUGACGAGUUAAAUAAAAUCUUUACUGAAAUGGCUCCGCUAGAAGAGAACUACAGCAUAGAUGAGGCUAUGGUUCCAUACUAUGGACGUCACAGUUGCAAACAGUUUAUACGUGGCAAACCAAUUCGUUGGGGGUAUAAACUGUGGGUUGGUGCUACAAGAUUAGGCUACGUGAUUUGGUUUGAUCCUUACCAGGGAAAAUCUUCAACCAUUGCAGAAGGUUACAUACAGUUUGGUCUAGGUGGGAGUGUGAUUUUGGAGUUUGCUGAUGUUCUACAAGGUCGUGAUCCAACAUUGCCAUUUCAUUUAUUCUUCGACAAUUAUUUUUCCUCUAUUCCUCUACUGCAUGAACUUAGUAAUAGAGGUCUGAGAGCCACUGGAACUAUUCGUGAAAACAGAACGUCCAAGUGUCCUCUCGAGUCUAACAAAGAUUUCAAAAAUACUGAUAGAGUAGUUAUAAAACCAGUGCAGAUAUUCAUAAGAAUAUGUUAA